AAUGGAAUGAUUUGCCCGCAUUGUCGUUUGUUUAGUGUCAAGUCAUGCAAGAGUCAGAACGAGGAACAACCAUGGAGCAACUGAAUGAAAUGCAGCUGAAGACGGUCGAGACCCAACUGAAAGAGCUAUUUCCUCAGUCGCAGCAGUAUAACUAACGGUCAUCGUAUGAAGGAGAGGACCAAAGUGCAGCGUGGUUUAUGGUUACAUUUUCCUGAUGAACAGAGUUAUGGCUGACCCGAUUCAGGUUUUUGUGGACCGCUGGCCAGAAUUCAAUGUCAUUCUCUGCAAACCACCAUAUGAGAAGGAGGGGGACCUAUUUAAAGACACAUGUGUUUUUACUAAAGAUGAAGCUUAUUUUAGGAAUAUCCUUGGAGAGAACAACAUAAUUGACUGGACAAAGUUCCUCUGUUUAGGCACCAGUCUUUGCUAUGAGGAGAUGGUGAUGGCGGUGGCUUCUGAGAGAAAGGUGCCCGUGAAUAAAGUGUCUGUGUCUCACAUGAUGAUGCUCCAGGAUCCAUCCCGCCUUCCACCUGUAGAAAGUGCAAUUGAAUCAAUGAUAUCCUCACUGGAUGAAUCCCAUACUGAUCUAGUCAACAAAACCUGGAAGUUCGGGAACACGGAGAACAGUUUCCAGAUGAUCCGGAACAUGAUCCGGCACUACCCGUCUUGCUGUGUGCUGGAUGCAGAGAGCCAGCAGCCCAUAGCCUGGGUUCUGACCUAUCCAUCCUGUGCCAUGGGUAUGUUGUACACCCUUCAGGAGCACAGACGACAGGGCCUGGCCAAAGCCCUGGUCAGCAGCAUGUCCAGGAGACUCUAUUCUCAGGGCUUCCCAGUAUACUGCUUCGUUGAGGAGGAGAAUACACUGUCCUACAACCUCUACACCAACCUGGGCUUUACUGAGGACCCUCAAUACAGGGCUGCAUGGUUUGACUUUAACAGUUUGUGAUUAAGGUCGUGCAUAGAGAUCAAUGUUGACAUUAAAAGCUAUGCUAUUAUCUCCAAAAAAAAGACAGUGUGUUAAGAGAUCAUAUCAUUGCAGGAUGGACUUUGAGCAAAUGUUACUUUGAACAGUUAUUAAAUAUCUAUGCACACAAUUCAAAUA